GUUUUAUUCUUACCAUUCUUAUGCUUCUUCCUAUUUUUAGUAGUAUGAAAAACUUCAGUACUAAGCCAAUUCGGAGCUACAGGACUUGAGUGAACAUCUCGGCUUUCACGAUUCUGACAAUAAGCUUUCUAACACAAGAAAAUAUAAUCUUAUAGAAACAAAAUUUAAACAAGAUGGUAGUAACAAAAUUUUCUUCACCUUGUAUUUAAGCAAUUCUUUCUUUGUUGUUUCUAAUUUGAAAUUUAUAUCUUCAAGUUUUUUUAGCAAGUUAUGUUCAUUUGUUUUCAUAGCUGAAAUACCAAAACAGUCAUCUCGAUAAAAUGCAGUUUUUAUGAAAGAAAAGGCAUAUGAAAAAGAAAUUUUACCAUUUAAGUCAACCUCAUAUUUAUGCUUAAUUUUCGCUAUCAUAAGACUAUAGUUAUGCUUCAUGUCACCAUUUUUCUCGGCUAAUUUAUUUAAUUUUGAAUUAUACAAACUUUGUUGUUGUUGUAUUUGAUACCACCAUAAUUUCAUGGAUUUAGCUGCUAAUUGGAUUGCCUUUUCUGGAGAAAUGCCAACAAGAAUAAUCUAGAAUAGAAUAAAAAUCCUGAUUGUAAAAACCAAUAAUAACUGGUUAAAUGAUUUGAAUGGACUUACAUCAGAAGGGUUUAUUUCACAUUGCAAUAUGUCAACUUCUUUCAGGUUAAUUUCACUGCAAAUAGGACAGCUUAUCUGUGGAGAAGGAUUAGAAAAAUAUGCUUGCCCAUGGCCUGGACAAAAUACAUGCAUACAUCUUGUUACCCAGGAUAAAUUAUUUAACGGUACAUUACAUUUUACUAUAUUACAACACAGGCUUAAGUCAUUCAUACUUGAUUUACAUCUUUGACAGCCAUGCUUUUUCACACCUUAUUCAAAUGUUCACAUGUUUCAAAUUUGAGCGGGAAUGUUUUUAUUCAAUGCCGUCUGUAUUGGUCAUCAUCAAUGACUGGUUUUGUAAAUCGGACUUUUAGUUUAAUAAAAUAAAGUAUUUAAAUUUACAACUAUUUAGUAUUGAUUCAAAAUUUUUACCUCUAGAGUUUAAAAAGAUACGUUGCCUGGGUUAUGGCUGCUUCAUUUAUGAAUGAAUGAAAUCGGAAUGGGAACGGAAUCUGGGAGUGUACCCUUUGAUAGAUGAAACUGCCAUUUGGUUAUUAUUUACUAUAAUCACUUAAUUUAAAUUUUUAUACAAUCUACAAACGAACAAUUUUUACGUCCUUCAUCAAUAUGGACCUUAUAGCAGCCGUCCUUUGAAGUACUUUAUUUGCAUUUAUGAAAUCUUGAAGAGGUCAUUUUUCUAUAUAUAUUCAAAAUGUCAUUAAGUGCUAGUGUAGAUAAUGUAUCAACAGCUGAUACACAGAGCUGUGACAGCAGUAAUAUGUGUCUAGAAUUGGCUUUAGAAGGAGAACGAUUGUGCAAAGCUGGAGAUUGUCGUGCAGGUGUUGCUUUCUUUCAGGCAGCAAUUCAAGCCGGAACUGAUGAUUUAAGAACAUUGAGUGCCAUUUAUAGCCAAUUAGGGAAUGCCUAUUUUUACCUAGGAGAUUAUUUAAAAGCGAUGCAGUAUCAUAAACUUGAUCUUACCCUAGCAAGAACAAUGGGAGACAAAUUAGGUGAGGCUAAAUCUAGUGGCAACUUAGGUAAUACUUUGAAAGUUAUGGGCAAGUUUGAUGAAGCUAUGAUUUGUUGUAAAAGGCACUUGGAAAUAUCCCGGGAACUCAAUGAUAAGUUAAGUGAGGGCAGAGCAUUAUAUAAUCUUGGCAAUGUGUACCACGCAAAGGGCAAACAUAUAGGACGUGUAGGUCAACAAGAUCCAGGAGAAUUUCCUGAAGAUGUUCGUGAAUGUCUUCAACAAGCUGUUUUUUAUUAUGAGGAAAACUUGAAACUAAUGAGAGAAUUAAAUGAUACUGCUGCUCAAGGACGGGCUUGUGGAAACCUCGGAAACACAUAUUAUUUAUUGGGUGAUUUCCAGCAAGCCAUCCAGUAUCAUCAUGAGAGGCUGAAAAUAGCUCGCGAAUUUGGAGAUAAAGCAGCAGAACGAAGAGCUUAUAGCAAUCUUGGGAAUUCACAUAUUUUUCUUGGUGAAUUUGAAAAAGCUGCAGAACAUUAUAAGCGCACGCUAGAACUUGCUCAAGAGUUAAAUGAUAAAGCAAUUGAAGCUCAAGCAUGCUAUAGCCUAGGGAAUACCUACACUCUCCUUAGGGAUUAUCCAACAGCUAUAGACUAUCACUACCGCCACUUGCAUAUUGCACAGAAUCUAAUGGAUCGAGUGGGAGAAGGACGUGCUUGCUGGAGUUUGGGUAAUGCUCAUUCUGCUAUGGGUAAUCAUGAGAAAGCUCUUCACUUUGCUACUCAACAUCUGGAAAUUUCAAAAGAGGUUGGAGAUACGGUUGGCCAGGCAACGGCUCAAAUGAACAUAUCUGAUUUACGGAAGGCUCUUGGACUACCUGAAGGAGAACUAUCCCCAGAUUCUGCCAAGCUGGUUACUUCCUUCUCAGCACAGCCUUCACCACUCCUCCGGCGAUACAGGGUGAGGAGGGAGAGCAUGACACGGCUUGAUAUUAUCAAGCUGACUCCAGAUGCUAAAGCCCGAAAUAAUGCUGAGGCAGCAUUGUCUCACACUCCAGUACCUCAUCAUAAUGAGCAAACGGCCAAUGAGGAUGAAGACUCCUUCUUUGAUCUUCUCUCUAGAUUCCAGUCAGAAAGAAUGGAUGAUCAAAGAUGCUCCUUGUCUAUUAUAUCAGAAAAUAAAGAAAACCACAGCACAAAUUCUCCUUCAUUGAACAGUAUUAAUAAUGGUGAUGCAGGGCAAGAGGAUCUGCUCGAUUUGAUAGUAGGCAUGCAGUCCAAGAGAAUGGACGAGCAAAGAGUGGCACUUCCACAUUUACCUGGGCUUUGUCCUCCUGCUAAUGCUCCCGAUGAUGGUUUCUUGGAGAUGCUGAUGCGCUGCCAAGGUGAACGACUAGAAGAUCAACGUUCUUCCCUACCAGAUAUUGUUGGGGGUUCUACAGUUCCAGAUGAGGACUUUUUUAGCCUGAUUAUGAGGUUGCAGUCUGGUCGAAUGGAGGACCAACGUGCCACUGUUCCGAACAACUUAAAGUAAGAGUGCUUAAAAUGUGUCAUCCCUUUCUAUGUUAGAAUUCUCUAACAACUAUGUGUAAGUUAAGCUUAUUUAAUCUUUUUUUUUUGCUGCAUUCCUAUUAUAUUUAUAUUUCAUUGUUAUCUUUGUAAGCAUUAUUCCACAUUUAUUUUAUAUGUAUUUUUUUUGUGGUUAAUUUUUAUAAUGAUAUCUAACUGUAGGAAUAAUUUUAUAUUGUGGGAGGUAAUUUCAUUAAACAAUCACAUUUGACUAAUACUUAAAUACUCUUUUGGUUGGUGGGAUGGGAAUUUGGUUUUGACAUCAAAGAAAGUUUAUGAAGUUUCUGUCUUCAUUUCUAUUCAAAUUUUUUAUUGUUUGUUUGAACCGAGAGUAACUUUUAUUCUCAUUUAAUGAAAUGAUCAACUUUCUCAAAAUUAUGUUAGUGUUUUUUAUUUAAAUAAUCUUUUUUAUCUUACCUUUUAACUAGGAAAUGAGACACUAACUCUUCUAGUCGAUUUUCUGUCCUAAUAGAAAUGUCUGAUUAGGUUUAAUUCUGAUCGUAUUUUUUAAGUAAUUUAGAGAUCUGAGUAUAUGUGAUUAUGUAUUGUCUCACUAUUUUUCUCCCUCUUACUAUCUUGAAUGUUAUAGUGUUAUGAUGAUCACAGCUAUUAUAUAAAAAAAAUAUUGUUUGGCUAGUAUUUUUGAGGAGAAACAUAAGGAAAUUUUCUUUUCAUUCUUUUAACAUAUUUUUUUAUGUUAUAGAAUUCAACCAAAGAUUUGUAUUUAUUCCUUUCUUUUUAAAUUGUCAAUACCUUGUCAUGUGAAAACAAAUCGUAACUGUUAAUCUCUUCUGAAUUAUGUUAGUAUUAAAGACAUAAAAAAAAAAAUCCAAGCUAGAAAUUAUUGUAAUGAUAUCGUCGGCACCAUGUUAAAAUAACGAGUAUGAAACAGGCCAAUGUUACACAUUAAUUGCUUUAACAUGGUGACGACAAUACAUAAACCAUUAUUUAACUUAUAGAGUGCUUUUUUGUAUAUUAUUAAAAAGAAAGAAGUUCAUAAUUUUUUAAAAUAAUUACUAUGUUUAUAAUAAUAGUAUAACUUUGUUUUAAUAAUAUUUGUUAUUGCCAUUUCUUUUUGGAAAUUCAAAUAUAAAUAUUCUUAUAUAUAAUGAUUAAUGAUUAAUCACUGAAUUAUCGAAGUAAUGAGGUUGUAAUGCUUCAAGGUGAUGAAGUAUACUUUUUAGUCCCAAGCCCCAAGCCAUCCCUUUCUUAUGUAAAUAAAAUGAAAUGUAUUUUAUGAUAUAUUUAUAAUGUACCUUGUAUUUUUUAAAUUCUUUUUUAUUAUAGUAUUUUAAUGACACUAUUUUAGUGUUAACUGGCUUGAAAAGUUUUAUAAAAACUAUUUUUAAAAAAGGCUAUGAUAUAAUGUUAUCCACAGAUAACGUCACAACAGCAAAGUGGGCUUCCCAUUCAAAGUAUCAGUUAGCAUGAAUAUUGGUAAUCAGACAUUUCUCAUGUAUUCAUUUUUAGUAAUUGUAAUUUUAUAAUAUAUUUUAAGCAUAAGCGGUAUUACAUUUUUAAUAUGUACUGAUGCAAUGUUAUAUAAUUUUCUAUUAUUGAUAUCAAAGCCUAAAAUAUCUUUGUUGAAUUUUGUUAUGAAGAAAUGAACUGCAGUUUAUUAGAUCUAGUUUAUUAUCUUUUGUGCUGCAUUAUAUUGAGAAUUGGAUGGUUCAUUGUGAAGUGGUCAUAUAAUGUCAUUGUUUAAACCUUAAAUUAAGUAAAACGUUGUAAAUUUUAUAUUCAUUUGGAGAUACUCCCUUUGUAUAUAUUCUAUUAGGAAAGAAAAUAGAAAGAUGACAUAAAUAUUAUUAAUAAUUAUUUUUAUAAGCUUAUGAUUUGUUCUUUAAGGAAGUGAAAUAUAAUUUCCAAUUAUUUAUUUAAAUAUUCAUGACAUAUGCAUAUAUUUUGUUAAACAUAAUUCAUUAUGUUAUGUAUGUACAAAUUAAUUUAAAAAAUGGCCUGAGACCUGAAUAUGAGGUUAAUUAAGAAAUUAGGUCAUAAGUCUGCAUCCUUUGUUGCGUUAAUAUUUUUAUAUAUUAUUUAACUUGUAGGUGAUAACCUUAUUGAAGGAUUAGUUUUAAAUACUUGGUGCCAAAGUUAGCUCUUGAUUGUUUAGAUAAAAUUAUCAUUUAUAAAACUUUAAAUGUCCAAAUUAAAAAUUAUCAUGCGGGUCAUUCUUUAUAGAUUCAGGAUUUAAUGGAUUAAAUAUUGUCAUAGAUAAUUAUCAUAAGUUCUAUAAUUGAUGAUUACUUAUGUUUAUUGAUUGCAAUGUUUUGAUGUAUUCUGAUGUAAUAGUAUCAGUGCCAAAGAAAUUGAUCCUUAAUUUUAUUAAAUGUACAGUAGAGAAAUUAUUUUCCAAGAAACAUGGCAAACUGUAUUCCAUUUAAACACAUUAUAAAUAAGAAGAAUAUUUUCAGACUGAAUUAAAAACAUACCAGAUUGUUAGUGUGAAGUUUGUAUGUGUUAAAAAGAAAUAGUGGCAUUUGUGAUAAUAGUUUGUUAAUAUGACCACAAAUGUCUUUGGAAGUACUCUCUUCAACUAGUGUCUGGGCAUAAGAUGUUACCAAGUUAGUUAUGUAUAAAUAGUACUAUUUAGUUAUACCAUUUUGUAUUUUUUUUUUUUAAUUUUCUUCUAAUUGUAUCUAAUUAUUAUAGCUUUUUUUUAUUUGAUUUCAUUUUGAAUUAAUGUAUUCUGUUUAAUUUUUAAAUUAAUAUAUUCAUACUUAUUUUAGUAGGUAUCUGUUUUUUAUUCCUUUAACCCUUUUUUUAGACAUAAAAUAUUUAAUCUAUUGGCUAAGAUUUUUUCUAAUAGAUCUAUGUUAAAUAUCUAUAAUUGUACUAAUCAGUAAAUCUAUGUGAG